GUUUGAGGUAAGAGGAGCACUUCCGUGAUCAACGGGACGCCAAUUAGCGGAGAACGCACGCUGAUGCAAAGCAAAUGGAGUGGCGCCAGCAAAGCACUUUCAGCUGCGCAGACGCCUUCGGUGAGGCGCAGCGUUGGAUUGAGGAGGUAACUGGAAAACCUUUUGGCUGCAGUGACUUUCGUGCAGCUCUUGAGAAUGGAGUCCUGCUUUGCGAUCUGAUCAACCAGUUAAAGCCCGGAAUCAUUAAAAAACUGAACCGACUUUCUACUCCCAUUGCUGGCUUGGAUAACAUAAAUGUGUUUCUAAAAGCUUGUGGGAAAUUGGGACUCAACGAGUCACAGCUGUUUCAUCCAGGAGACUUGCAGGACCUGUCAAAUCGAGCGAUAGUCAGGCGAAAUGAAAGCAGUCGAAGACUCAAAAAUGUUCUUAUCACAAUCUACUGGUUGGGACGUAAGGCCUACCUUGAUGAUUGCUACAGUGGUACUCAUCUUAACUUCAAGGCCUUUGAAGGUCUUUUGGGGUUGGCUUUGUCAAAGGCUCUUGAUGAUGGCAGUAAUACCUUUGAGAAGGAUGGUGCUUACAGGGAAUGCAGUCAUCCAGGGAGGAGGAUGAGCUAUAAGUGGGAGACUUCAGUAGACCGCUUUGACUCUGCAGACUCCCGGGCCUCCCAUGCAAGCAGUGAAGGUUGUGGAAGUGAUGCGGAAGCUGAGCAAGUAUUUAGGACUGAGAACACACGGCCGACCAAAGGCUAUAUCCCACCUCCACUCCUACGGAAGAAACGAAAUGAGGAAAAUGGAAAAGUCUCCACUUCCUUUAACAGGAGCAAAUCAUUGAGUGACAUCCCAGCGGUAUGCCCUUCACGUGAGGUUUCCGAAGGCUUUGUGGGCAAGGGCCAGGAUGCUGGAACAGCUAAAUGGAAUCAAGACAGGAAAUGGAGGAGCCACAGUGCUGGCAGAGACAAUGAGACUCGGUGGCAAGAUGCUUUGACAAAGUGGAAAAAUCAUCGCAGGAAUACAAAGUCUAGUCUCCGCAAGAAGUCUGUUGAUCGAGAACAUGUCAUUAACAAGAUGACUAAUGGAGCUUUGAAUGACCAUAAAGAGAGAGAAAAGCACAGUGCGCAGUCAGAAAGAGAGCAGCUGUCAGCACAAAGGCACAGCUCUGCCCCACACGCUCACUCCACUGCUCCUCCAUCAAAGUUCUCAAGCUCUUUUUUGUGGACACAGAGUCGAGCUCCAUUGGCUCGAAGCUAUGCCACUGAGGUGCCUUUUAGCACUGGCUCUUCUUAUUGUCAUAACUUUUUCCCUGCACAGGCACCUUCAGUUGGCGCCAUGCCCGCCUCUGAUGGAAACAUCAUGGGAGAGGAGACCCAUUUUGCAUCUCUGGCAUUAAAUGGAGCAGCAGUAACAACACCAAUAGAGGACAACGCUUUUAGCUUCCAAACCCACUUCAAAGCCCAAGGCAAUCCUGCUCCUGUUCAUCCUGUAACUGAUCUGAAUCAGCUAGAGAGUGUUACAGCCCAAAACGCUUCUUUAGGCACACCAGUGUAUCCAAAUGAAGCGGAAGCAACUAGGACCGUGGAUAACGCUAAUGGUUUUGGAGACCUUUAUGACCAGAAACCCUUGUCUAAAAUAGAGAGAAAUGAAAACCCCUCUGAAAUGUCAGAAGACAAAAGUAGAUGUCAGUCAGCGGCAGACACCAAAAAGUAUUUGACCAGAGCUGCUUCUUGGUCAUGCUCAGCCAGCCUUCCUCGAGGUUUCAGACGGUCUGAUGGUUCCUGUCGCCACUCGUCUGUCAUCACAGCCAGGCCCUUUCGGACCAAGCAGUCCAGGAUCUCAACACUGCCAAGACUAUGCAAUAUAAACGACAACCAGAGUCCGACGUGGGCGACUGAAGGAGAGGGCACUCCUUCCCCACCCGGCAGUGCUACGCUCAAAAGGCAGACUGCCACUUCUUAUCUCAGAGGUCCGCACCAGGAUCCAGUGCAGGUAGCCAACCAUGUAGAGCAGACUGCUUCAGGAAGGGUAGAGUGCAAGAACCUUUCUGGCCAGACUUUUCAAACCAGUUUUCAUCAGCUCCAGUCCCAACAGUGUUCAAAAAUGCGGCCCCAAAACACGGAACCCCCAACUCCGCCAAGUAGUCCCAGGAUUGACAACUCCAAGAACAGUAGAUCGGACUUUGGUUUCCACCCGCAUAGGGAAGCUACUGGAGCAAGAACAAAAUGUAUUCAACCAGCUGUUCCUCUCUCAGCUGGCAGCCCAGCCGAUCUCUGCCAGCUGCGUGUAGACGACGAGAUCGUGACUGUUGAUGGCGAUCUGGCAGUGCACAUGAGCUCCAGCCUGUGGGAGGAAAAAAUUACAUCAGCCCAGCAAAUUGGCACUCUUACCAUGGAUACUCAACGCUAUGAAAAGGGAGGUUCGGAAUCGGCAGUUUCAGAUCUCCAGGUCCCAUCCCUCACCCCAUCCUCAUCCAGGUGGUCAUGGGACCACGAAGACAGCCGCAGGCGGCAGGAAGAACAAGAGCGCCUCCUUCAGAAUAACUUGGAACUGAGCAAUGAUGUUGAGAACCUUCCCAGAGGGAUUCAUUUGAAUGGUUUGACAAAGACAAAGGAGCAGAGCCCUGAAAAACUCCAACUUAAACCUCAAAAUGGCACACAGACAGAUCUAUAUGACAAAGUCUGGGCUGAGGGCACCUCUGGCUUUGCUCAGCUCUCUCCUGCACACAGGGCAAAGUCAUUGUCUACUCCAGCAUUAGCCGGUUCACACACACAGCCAAAAGGUGAUCUGAGGAAAAAAAAGGGGGAGCCUCUUUCCAAGGCUGAGCAAGAGAGGCAGCAAAUCUUGGAGGAGAUGAAAAAGAGAACUCAGCUUCUGACUGACAACAGCUGGAUACGCCAGCGUAGCAGUAGUUUUUACAAGGAGCCAAUCUACAUUGGGAUGCCCCUUAAAAGAUAUGAGUCUCUUGACACUCUUGGAACUCCUCGUUCAACCUUUACGGGAGGUUAUCCCCGACCACACUCGGAGGCUGCAGGUUAUUUUGCUCCAGGUGGAAACUCCUCCACCUUUUACGAUAAUGGAUCCAGGCCAUCCCAGAGAAAUACACCUACAAAUUAUCAUCCCGGCAGGAAGGACAGUGGAAGGAGAACUUGCAGUUUGUGUGAAGGUCACUUGAGUAGUGGGGCAGCCAUGGUUAUUGAAGCCCUUGGUCUCUGCUUCCAUUUUGCCUGUUUUCAGUGUGUGGGUUGUCAGCAAUAUCUUGGGAAAAAAAAGGCUGGAGUACAGGUUCGGGUCCAAAACAACAAACCAUACUGUGAGCCCUGUUAUUUCCAACUUAAGUCAACCAGUUCCCCAUCCAUGUGACCAGAACAAAGAAUUCAUGCUUACAGAGUAAGCUACAGAGUGGAGGAAUACAACAUGUCUACAGACAACUUUGAAAUUUUGAAAUUGGUUCUUUGUAAUUGUUUCAGCAGUUUUGGGGGGAGUGACAUGACAAGGAGAUGAUAGUUAUAUCAAUUUGAAUGUAUAAUACAAUCAAGAAAUGUUUAGUGUUUAUUUUCCUAUUAAUGUUACUGUUUUCAUCGUCAAACAUGAAACCUAGCUGUAGAAUUGUGUACAGCCCUUGUUUGGAAGCACAUUUAAACUUGUAUGAGCACUUUUUUUCCUUGUGAAUUUAUCUCACAAUGUGCACUUUGGUAUUGGUCAGUGCUAUGACACACAAAAUUGACAACUCAAUAGUAUAACUUCAAUGUUUUCAAUGCAUUUUUUUUAUUGGAUUUGCUAUUUGUGUGUACCACAAGGGGGCACAUCUAAUUAAAUAAAUGCUAUAGAGCCACUCUUCCUUAAGUACUAACAGUACCGUACUGUAUCGUAGUUGGUGUGCAGUGAACACAAGGAUUCAUGUCAUCGCAUUGCAGUAACUUUUCAGAAUGCUCUAUUGUUAAGAUGUUUGUUUGUAUUAAACUUGCAGCAAAUGGUCAUUGACCAAAGCAAAGCAACAUGUUUUAACUGAAUUCUUUCCUCUUUUUGCUGUUUGGUUUUUCACGCCAUAACUAACCAGUACUCUUUCGUGA